UUUUGCAUUGUCUUGUAAAGAAAGGUCCAAUUUUUGCUGGUAAGAGGGUCUCUAUUUUUCCAGGACCGGCCGCUCCACACCACAAUCCGACGGCGAGCAGACGCAUCCCGGCUGUUUUGUACUCGUAUUGGAGUCUCUUCAACGCGGUUCCUCCCAAGCCUUGGCGAUUAAGCGCUUCAUACUGCACCGGGAGGGAAACCAUGACUCCCGAAGAGCUAGAAAAGAAGAAGAAGAAAGAGGAAAAGGCUAAAGAAAAAGAACUGAAAAAACUCAAGGCAGCACAAAAGGCAGAAGCAGCUAAGUUGCAGGCGCAACAGGCUGCCACUGCUCCCAAGACAUCUAAGAAGAAAAGCUCAAAAAGAGAAGGUGUAGAUGAGAACCCGGAGGAUUUUGUUGAUCCAGAAACACCCUUGGGGAACAAGAAAAGGCUUUCUACUCAAAUGGCAAAGGCAUACAAUCCUAGUGCUGUCGAGAAAUCGUGGUAUGGUUGGUGGGAACAUUCAAAAUUCUUUGAGGCUGAUUCUGCAAGCUGCAAACCACCUUUUGUGAUUGUUUUGCCACCACCCAAUGUUACUGGUGCACUACAUAUUGGCCACGCUUUGACCGCUGCAAUCGAGGAUAUGAUUAUUCGCUGGCGUAGGAUGUCUGGUUAUAAUACUUUGUGGGUUCCGGGAAUGGACCAUGCUGGAAUUGCAACGCAGGUGGCCGUGGAAAAAAGGAUUAUGCGGGAUAGGAAGCUAACUAGACAUGAUAUUGGCCGAGAAGAGUUUGUUUCAGAAGUAUGGAAAUGGAAAACAGAACGUGGGGGCACAAUAUUGAAGCAACUUCGACGGUUGGGUGCAUCUCUUGACUGGUCCCGUGAGAGUUUUACCAUGGAUGAAAAAAGAUCCAAAGCUGUUACCGAAGCAUUCGUUAGGCUAUCCAAUGAAGGCCUCAUCUACAGGGCUCCACGUAUGGUACACUGGGAUUGUGUUUUGCGGACAGCAAUAUCUGACCUUGAAGUUGAUUAUAUAGAUGUGAAAGAGAGAAUGUUGCUCAAGGUUCCUACAUAUGACGAGCCUGUGGAGUUUGGAGUUCUUACUUCAUUUGCUUAUCCUCUAGAAGAUGGUCUUGGUGAGAUUGUUGUUGCCACAACUCGGAUUGAAACGAUGCUUGGUGAUACUGCAAUUGCUAUACAUCCUGAAGACAAAAGAUACACCCAUCUUCAUGGAAAGUAUGCUAUUCAUCCAUUUAAUGGAAGAAGGCUUCCAAUAGUUUGUGAUGAACAACUUGUAGAUAUGAACUUUGGGACUGGUGCUGUUAAGAUAACUCCAGCACACGAUCCAAAUGAUUUUGAGGUGGGUAGACGUCACAAUCUUGAGCGAAUUAACAUUUUGACUGAUGAUGGCAAAAUAAAUAGCAAUGGUGGUCCACGGUUUGAAGGGAUGCCUCGUUUUAAAGCACGUACAGCUGUGACUGAAGCAUUAAAGGCAGAGGGACUCUAUAGAGAUUCUAUACCUAAUGAAAUGCGCCUUGGCGUUUGUUCAAGAAGUAACGAUGUUGUGGAGCCUGUAGUAAAACCUCAGUGGUUUGUUGACUGUAAAGAUAUGGCAAAGCAGGCACUUGCUGCUGUUGUGGAUGAAAAUAACAGUAAAAUUGAGAUAAUCCCUAAGCAAUACGUUGCGGAAUGGAAAAGAUGGCUUGAUAAUAUCCGUGACUGGUGCAUUUCAAGGCAGCUUUGGUGGGGUCAUCGCAUUCCUGCAUGGUAUGUGACGUUAGAGGGUGAUGAUGAGCAACAUGGGUUUGGUGCCUAUGAUGACCGCUGGGUGGUUGCUAGAAAUGAAUCUGAGGCCAGAGAGUUGGCUCACAAGAAAUUUGGCCCCAUGUUUGAGAUUUCUCAAGAUUCUGAUGUACUUGAUACCUGGUUUUCAUCUGGUCUUUUCCCACUCUCUGUAUUAGGAUGGCCAGAGGAUACUCAAGAUUUAAAGACAUUUUAUCCAACUUCUGUUCUUGAAACUGGUCAUGAUAUUCUAUUUUUCUGGGUGGCUCGUAUGGUAAUGUUGGGAAUCAAGCUGGGAGGUGAUGUACCUUUUACCAAGGUAUAUUUGCAUCCAAUGGUUCGGGAUGCCCAUGGGCGUAAGAUGUCCAAAACGCUUGGAAAUGUGAUUGAUCCUCUUGAGGUCAUUAAUGGUAUAACUCUUAAAGAUCUUCACAAGAGACUUGAGGAAGGAAACUUAGAUCCAUCAGAGGUGGAAACUGCUAAAGAAGGUCAGAAGAAGGAUUUUCCGAAUGGUAUCCCGGAAUGUGGUGCAGACGCUCUUCGCUUUGCCCUCAUUUCAUACACUUCUCAGUCAGAUAGAAUCAAUUUGGAUAUUCAGAGGGUGGUUGGGUAUCGUCAAUGGUGUAACAAACUGUGGAAUGCAAUUCGCUUUGCCAUGAGCAAACUUGGAGAAGAUUACCUUCCUCCGGCCGAUGUGGUCCCACAGACCAUACCAUUUAGCUGCCAAUGGAUACUCUCAGCCCUAAACAAGACCAUAUUGAAGACUGUUUCAGCUCUAGAAUCUUCUGAAUUCUCAGAAGCAGCAACAGCAGUGUAUUCGUGGUGGCAAUUCCAAUUAUGUGACGUCUUUAUUGAAGUUAUUAAGCCAUAUUUUUCUUUUGAAGACCCGUCAUUUGCACCUGCAAGAAGAUCUGCACAAGAUGUGUUGUGGUUGUGUUUAGAUUAUGGGCUGCGGUUACUCCACCCGUUUAUGCCUUUUGUUACAGAGGAACUAUGGCAGCGCCUUCCGGCUAGGAUAGAUUGUUCCAAGAAAGAAUCCAUCGUAAUUAGUGAAUAUCCUUCCACUGUUGAGAGCUGGACAAAUGAUGAUGUUGAAGAGGAGAUGGAAAAGGUAACAGCUGUAGUAAAAGGACUGCGGUCGAAGAGAGCAUUGUUGCCUCCCAAGGAAAGAUUUGAAAGGCGAGCAGCAUUUGUGCUAUGUCGGACAUCUGAAAUUGCAGAAGUAAUAAAAAGGCAUGAGUUGGAGAUCUCUACACUCGCUAGUUUGUCAUCACUGAAGGUCUCAUGUGAUAUUGAUGAGGCUCCAACUGGAUGGUUUACAGAAGUUGUGGAUGACUCCCUAACUGUUCUUCUGGAAGAAAAAUCAUCUUCCUCCACCAGUAAUCCAGAGGCUGAGCUUGAGAGACUAAAGAAAAAGAUGGAGGAAACCAAGAGGCAACAUGACAACCUGUCCAAGAAAAUGAGUACCUUGGGUUAUAAAGAGAAAGUUCCUCCCAACAUUCAUGAGGAAAAUGCAUCUAAGCUGACAGCCUUGAUGAAUGAACUGGAAUUGUUUGAAGAAAACAUUGGGCGUUUGGAGAAUCUAACAGCCAACACUUCCUAAUUUUUUCUCUCGCUACUACUACCAGGCCUGGUACUAAAUUAUCAUUCAUAAUUUUACAUGUAUGUGUAUAACACAUUUUGUGCAACUUACAUGCGUUUCCCAUUUCGCCCCACCCACUUGAAAGGUUUUAUUUUUUAAAUUUAUUUUGGACAUUGUAUUCCAUUCAACAUCAUAUUUUUUCUUAUACAAGUACUACUUUUCCUACACUUUAUUGCUGUUAGUAUAAGACCUAUUUGGCAUCAUCAAUAUAUUUUUGUAGUCUUGAAUACUAAAUGAAUAGGUAUUGGCUUAUUUGGCUGAAUUUGAUGUCAUCAAA